UGCAGGCCUCCAGAAUUUGUCAGCUGGAAGUUUAGAGUGUUUACAGUAACUUGUUGAAGAUCUAUCUAGAUUAAAAAUAUAUUACUUGAGAAAUAUAUGACGUUAUUUACAACAUAUAUUUAAACAUAGUUGAGUUUAUAUGAAGAUUUAAAAAACCUGUUACUAUUUUUGUUUUAUUUUUUGUCCAAUCAGCAAUAUGACUCAAACUGAGAACUGAAGCCCCAGAUACUAUUAAAAAUGUAACAUUAUGUACUUGACUAACCCGGCAUGAAGAAAGCAAAUUGACAUUUUAUCCCCCCUGCAGAUUCGGAAGCCUUUCCCGAUCGGGUGAGGGUUAAAAUCAUUCCUGGAGAUUUAUUCCUCAGCCCAUUUGGAAGCUUGCCAUCCUUCAUGUGUGUGAGGUCUGUGAUACAUGAAGAGCUACCCUUAUUUCAGGCUGGACGUCUAUCACCCUGCUGUAUGGAUGGAAAUGGAGUUCGACUAACUGGUGGAUCGUUGGUGUCUCGGGUGUCUGUAGGUGUUGAUUCACAGUAUGCACUCAGCUCCCUCUCCCUCCCUGCCUGCCUUCUUUCGCUGUUUCUCGGUUGUCUGUUUUCUACAAGUGGGCUAAGGGAAGUGUUGAGGGGGCGGAUAGUCUUGAUUUUCUCUACAUCGUGCUUAGCCAAUAACUGCUGUGCACAUCUCAGCUGGCAGACAUUUAAAAGGGAGACAGUCCGGCGCUGUAGCAAUUUGUAUUAAACCCCCUGGCCCCUGUCUAUGGAGCGCUUAGUCUCCCACCCAUCCACAGUCCCACCAGAGCACAGUCGACAGCAGUAGGUACCUAUCAUCUCGGAAGGUGCCGCAGAGAAGCUCGAGGACCAGAUCAUCGCACUUGUAGCAGCAGUCUUGCAUAGCAGGAUGGCCAACUCCACGCGUAUCUUCUACAGUAUGGUUUUCAUCAUUGGGCUGCUCUCCUCUCCGGUGGAUUCAAAAAGAAACAGAGGUUCACAAGGCGCCAUUCCUCAUCCUGACAAAAGCAACCCAAACGAAUCGGAGCAGCAACCGCAGACUCCGCAGGCGGGCUCGGGCUCCCGCCAGAGGCCGGGCUCAUCCUCACCGGCCGACGAAGUGCUGGAGUCCAGCCAGGAAGCUCUACAUGUGACGGAGCGCCAGUAUUUGAAACGGGACUGGUGCAAAACACAACCGCUCAAACAGACCAUCCACGAGGAGGGCUGCGUCAGCCGCACCAUCAUCAACCGCUUCUGUUACGGACAGUGCAACUCCUUCUACAUCCCCAGGCACAUCCGGCGGGAGGAGGGCGCCUUCCAGUCCUGUUCGUUUUGUAAACCGAAGCGUUUUACCACCAUGACUUUCACAUUGAACUGUCCGGACCAGCAGCCGCCCACCAAGAAGAAGCGCAUCCAGCGCGUCAAACAGUGCCGCUGCAUAUCCAUAGACCUGGACUAAAACACAGCAAUUAUGUGUGUGUGUUUCAUGUCUUCUCCUUUUUCUUCUCCUUCUUCUUCUUAGUGGACUUGAUAGCUGUCUCACAGCCAAGAAAUUGUGCUUGUCUCCAUCUGGAGAUAAGCACCGCACACGCUGAUACUUACGUUUCUCCUGUACAGCACGUGAGUCAAUAUGGACAUGCAACUUAAAACAAAACAAAAAACGUAAAAAGCAACUUGUUACACAUCACCAGACUCAAAAAAAAAAGAAAAAGAAGAUCACUGCACGGAAACUCUGACUUGGAAUGGGCAUGCUUUACGCACGGCUUCCUCGCCCCCACAGGACUGCAGAACACCGGUUUUAUUUAACUGCUCCAAAACAGUCGUUGUGACUGUUAAACGUCUCCGUCCAUCCUGCAUUUUACGCAUAUGUGUUUGCUAAACAGGAUGUUUCCACUGUGUGGAAUUUGAUAGGCGAAUGACUUUAUUUGUAAAAGGAGAAAAAAUGAUUUUAUUUCGAUAUUUCAAGAAUCGUUCAAGGUUAACCUAAUUGAUUUCUGUGAAUUUCGAAGUCCAUUAGUGAAGUUCUCUUUCUAUUUUUUUUUUUUUUUUUGGAAGUUGUGAGCUUAUUCAAAUAUAAAAACUGCGGCUUCUGAAGUUAGUUUAAAUGGAAGUGUACAGUGGUGGCUUAUACAUUAUCGAGGUGAAAUAGUUGUAAAAUGUUAAGCCAUUUUUGAUGUAACCCAUUUGUUUAUUCAUUUGAUUAAAUUAUCCACGAAAACUAAAUAAAUGGAUGCUGGAA